AUGUAUAUUAUUUUUUUUUCCACUCUACUUCUUACGGUGGAAUCAUUUUAUUUACCUGGUUUAGCACCUGUUAAUUUUUGUGAAAAAAAAGAAGAAAAACCUAAAUGCCCGAGUAAUGUAACCUUAUUUGUAAAUAAACUAGAUUCAGAUCAAUCUGUUAUCCCAUAUGAGUAUCAUUCAUUUGAUUUUUGUAUUGGAUCAGAAGAAGAAUCACCUGUAGAAAAUCUUGGACAAGUAUUAUUUGGUGAAAGAAUUCGUCCAUCACCAUAUCAAUUAUCAUUUAAAGAAGAAAAAUCAUGCCAAAAAUUGUGUACUAAAACUUAUAAAAGUGGUAAUAAAAAUGAUCUGGCUAAGUUAAAACUUUUAAUGAAAGGAAUGAAAUUUAAUUAUCAACAUCAUUGGAUUAUUGAUAAUAUGCCUGUUUCAUUUUGUUUUGUAAAUCAGCAAAACUUAAAUGUUUGUACCACUGGAUUUCCAAUGGGAUGUUAUGUUACACCACAAGGAAGACAAAAAGAUGCAUGUGUUUUAGAUUCACGUUACAAAGAUCCAGAUACUCAUUAUUUAUUUAAUCACGUUGACAUUCAAGUUGAGUAUAGAGAUAUGACACAUGAUCCAAACUUUUUAGAAGAUAAAAUUGGUGGAAGAAUUAUUCAUAUUAAAAUACAACCAAGAAGUAUUAAACAUAAAAGUGAAACAGAAAUGGAUUGUGGUUAUGAUACUGAACCUUUAGCAUUAAAAUCUAGUGAUGGUAAUGUUAAUAUAAUUUAUUCAUAUACAGUUACAUGGAAUACAACUUUAGUAAAAUGGAAUUCACGAUGGGAUUAUAUACUUGAUUCAAUUCCUCAUACAAAUGUUCAAUGGUUUAGUAUUAUGAAUUCAUUAGUUAUUGUUAUUUUCCUUUCUGGAAUGGUUGGAAUGAUUUUAAUGAGAACAUUACAUAGAGAUAUCACUAGAUAUAAUCAAUUUGAUACUGAAGAAGAUGCUCAGGAAGAAUUUGGAUGGAAACUUGUUCAUGGGGAUGUUUUUAGACCACCUAGAUAUGUUAUGCUUCUUUCUGUUUUUGUUGGUGCUGGUUGUCAAGCAUUACUAAGUACAUCAAUUACUUUAUUUUUUGCAUGUUUAGGUUUUCUUUCACCUGCCAAUAGAGGAAGUCUUAUAACUUUUGCUUUAGUAUUUUAUGUUAUUUUUGGUAUUGUUGCUGGUUAUGUAUCUGUUAGAAUAUUUAAAACAUUAAAAGGAAUUUCAUGGAAAACAAAUAUUCUUUUAACAGCUUUCCUAAUUCCAGGAAUUUUAUUUAGUGUAUUCUUUAUUACAAAUUUAAUGCUUUGGAUAAAAGGAAGUUCAGCUGCUGUUCCAUUUGGAACAUUAAUUGUACUUCUUUCAUUAUGGUUAUUUAUUUCAAUACCACUUACUUUUGUUGGAGCAUUUUUAGGUUUUAAAAAACCAGCUUUCCAUCCACCAGUAAGAACAAAUCAAAUUCCUCGUCAAGUUCCUGAACAAUCAUUAUAUACAAAAGCAUUACCUGGAAUGUUAAUGGGUGGAAUUUUACCUUUUGGUUGUAUUUUUAUUCAACUUUUCUUUAUUUUAAAUUCAAUUUGGGCUCAUCAACUUUAUUAUAUGUUUGGUUUUUUGAUGCUCGUAUUUUUAAUUCUUAUUGUUACAUGCUCACAAACAACUAUUCUUUUAGCAUAUUUCCAUCUUUGUGCAGAAGAUUAUCGUUGGUGGUGGAGAUCAUUUAUGACAUCUGGAUUUACAGCAGUUUAUUUGUUUUUAUAUUGCGUAUAUUACUUCAACUCAAAAUUGGUAAUUACAGGUACCAUUUCAACAAUUUUAUACUUCAGUUAUACAGCAAUAUUUGUUUUCAUGUUUUUCUUGAUGACCGGCACAAUUGGAUUCUUGGCAACAUACCUUUUUGUUCAUAAAAUUUAUUCAAGUGUCAAAGUAGAUUAA